CUGCAUUAGUUCUAAACGUGUGAGAGUUUGACCUACUAAUAUCUGCAAAUAAUUUAUCAAAGUUGUUGAUUAUCACUCUGAUCCAUUCUAUAUGAAAUAGCUAAACCGUGCAUUAGAGAUCUAACUACAAAUGGACUCAUCAAUAACACCUCUCAACUCAAUUAGGUCAUAACUCGAAGUUUUCUUAUGAACAAGCAUUGUAAAUUUUAACUCAAAAUUUGAACAAUCUAUGUAAAUAGAACAAUCAUCAUUCAUUCAAUUCAACCAAACCAGUUGUAAUUACUAAAUGAUCAAUACAAUUUGAGUCCAAUUCUCCUUCAAUCAUGACAAACUACCUUAACCCUUUUACUUAUACCCACGAAAUCAUCAAGAUCGAGUGCUUUCAUUAAAUUAUUCCAAUAAUUAACAUCAUCUUGACAACUAAGAAGAAUAGAAAAGAGGAAACACAUUGUUGAUGGUAGUGAUGAUGAGCAAUUGAGCAUAGCUCAAUGCCUAUUGGUUAUGCACACCUUUUCCUUUCCUUCCCCCAAACCCAAUUGUUUUAAUAUAUAGUUCCCAAUCAUUUGUCUUCCCCUCCCAGAACAGCAAUAUCCUUCCAUUAUAUCAGUUUAUUUUGUCUUUGGGGAUAAUGAACAUGAACUGGCACCAAGCAAGCAUCUUUGCUUGGAUUAUAAGUAACCUUCCCAGCUAUAAAGCAUCCCUUCUCCUUCUACUUUUGAUUCUCCAUUUCUCUCUCUCUCCCCCUAUCUCUCUCAGUUCUUGAACUAGUCAUCCUCUUGGGGGCAAAAGGAAGAAUCAAAAACAACAUGGGAAGGCAGCCUUGUUGUGACAAAGUUGGAUUGAAAAGAGGGCCAUGGACCAUCGAGGAAGACCACAAGCUCAUGAACUUCAUCAUCAACAAUGGCAUCCAUUGCUGGAGAAUGGUCCCUAAGCUUGCAGGUUUGCUUAGGUGUGGGAAGAGUUGUAGGUUGAGAUGGAUCAAUUACCUUAGGCCUGAUCUCAAGAGAGGCGCUUUCACUGAGGCAGAGGAAAAUCAACUCAUCCAACUCCAUUCGCGGCUUGGGAACAGGUGGUCAAAAAUUGCCUCACAUUUUCCUGGGAGGACAGACAACGAGAUAAAAAACCAUUGGAACACGAGGAUCAAGAAGAAGCUCAAGAUGGCUGGAGUAGACCCUGCCACCCACCAACAAAUUGAUCUUGAUCAAGAAAAUGGAGUUCAUAAGGAUGGUGAUAACAAGAUUGGCACAACCUUAAUGGAGGAACAUGAUAACCAACAAGUGGAAGAGAAUGAGCACGAGUUUCCGACAAAAUUAAAUGAAACGACUACAAUUGACGAUCACAAUCUUUUGAAGAACUAUGAAGUGUUGAUGACUGGAGGAGGAAACUUGGAGUUGGAAGGAGCAUGGAGCACUAGUAAUAAUCAAAGCAACACAACUAGUACUAACUCUGAUCAAGGCACCUCAUCAUCGUCGAUCGAGGAAUCGAAUGGUAGUUACCACUACAACCACAUGAAUCCUUCCAGGAAUUAUGACUUGAAUGAUCAUCAUCAAUCAGCAGGUUCAAAGGCUCAAUUAGGUGAGGAUGGUGAUGAUUAUGGGUCAUUGAAGCAAUGGGUUGAUAGUAUGGACUCAAUGUUCUCAUGGGAUGGUUUCAUGAACACCACCACUACUACUUCUACUACUCUAGAUGAUGAGUUCUUCUUCCAGCUGGAAAAUGGACUCUACUAUAAUAAAAACACCAAAUGAUGAUGAUGAUGAUGAUUUCACUUGGAUCAGUUAUUAAAUUUCUUCAUGAUCAAAUCCCCACAAAUUUUUUUUAUAAAUCGAGAGAUAAGCACAUCAUUAAUUAUAUAUAUAAGUGUGAUUAUUCAGUUAUCUGAGGCUAUUUUUAUGUACACUACUACUUCUUUGUUUGUGUUCGAAUUCCUUUCUUGUAAUGUUUUGUUCUUAAUUUCACCAUCAUCUGCUAGCUAGGCUUGACCAUAAUAGUGUACAUGUCAAUUUUCAGGGUCACUAAUUAAAUAGUGAAUUUAUGUGUUAUUAUUUCUUAACUGUGAGUGUCAUUGCUUUCAUGCUUUCAUCACCAUAAAUCAACCUUACUUUGUUGUCCUGAAAAUGAUUCAGAAUCUUUCUUUAAGGUUUUUUCUUUUUGGUCGAAGAGACUAAAUAUGAUCAAAUUCAACUAGUGUUACUACUUUUGUUUAUGUCAACUAGGUGCAACAGUGUUACUGUUAAUUACAACAUAAGAGUAGUAUUUCAUUUAGUCAAUCACUCAUCUUCUCUAUGUAUAAUUUAUGAUAUUUAGAGAGAAAGAUUAAAGGAGGGUAAUGAGGCAGGAUAGACCUACGAGAACAUAUAUAGUAAUAGGAGUUGGGCAAAAAUUGAGAGAAUUAGAGGGCUUCUAUAGAGGAUUCUAACGAGACUUAGAAUUCUUGUCAUUUGAUAAUCUUCGCAAAUAAUUACCAAAAUACGAUAUAAACUUCAACAUAAAUAUUCCUCAAUCGAUGCAACAUAUAUAGGAAAAAUAUCAGUUGAUAAGGUGCCAAAUUUUUACUAAGUGGAAAGUUAAUGUUACAAUAUUUCCAUCAUUAGACUAGUCACAUACUCAUAUAUGAUUUCAAUUAAGAUUAUGUGUAUAUCAUGUAGAUGUAGUUAAACACCAUACAAACUAUUAUUCCAGCUUAAUCAACUCGACGUAUUGCAGGAAGGUAACUCUAGAAAUCGUCAUCAGCUUAAAGGUUAACAAUAUGUGUAUUAUAUAAAAGGUUAACAAUAAUUAAUAACUCAAGAUGUUAUGUAGAAAAGUUCAAACGGAACGGGUGUCAAUUGAGCUGGAGGGGAUGGAAGUCGUUCACCGGACAAAGUCUAGCUAGAUUGCUGGAGGAAUCCAGCUUAUAGUAGUGGCAAACCUCUCAUAUUCCCAUGAACAUUGUCUCGAGCCUGCAGGCAAAGAGUAAUUAGUGCUCGGUCGUAGCUAGGUUAAUUACUUUGAUUAAUUCUUCUCCUCUUUGUGCUUUUUGGAUCGACAAAUUUGAUUAAGUGAACAAAGCACAUUUAUUAAACAGUAGUUAUAAUUAGUACGUCGUGCAAUCCACAGCAGUAUAUAUAUGCAUAGGGCUGAUCCGUACUGGCACAUGCAUGCAUCUAUAUCUCUAUAUAGGGCGCCGUUUAAUUACUAGUCAAGGGAAUCCAACACGUAGCCCCUCUAAAUCAUCAGGUUGUAUACAUGGCUAAAUCGUUUCUUAAUCAUGAUCAUAUCAUCCUCAACAUUUUGUUGAUUGUUCUGCGAGUUAUUCGCUACAUUAGAAAUAUUGAAUGAUAAUCCCGAAUUUUAUCGAAGAGGAUCUCAACGUGAAGUGAAGGCUGUUCGUAUAUGUGAAUAUCUAGCACAUUCAAGUAAAAUUACAGGUUGAUU